UGUGUUGUUAUUUCUUAGCGCAGUCAACAGCCGCGGGCAACAAAUAUGGCCACUUACGGCCGUUUCCAUUCGGCUUGAAAAGCUUCUCGACUCGGCGAUGCGACGGGUUUUCGUGGGCCGCCGUCACCCCGAACUGAAGCGGCUGUCAGAAGUCGCGGCGGUGUUCGUUUCGACGCCAUCAUCUUUCUGUCUUUUUCUGUGCUUUGCUUUACUUGCGGUACACCGCAGAGAUGGAGUCCGAACAUAAAGAGUUGCUGGAGAAGUGUCACCGCAACUUGUUGGAGUCGGUAACGGACGCGGACGGAGUGGUCGACACGCUGGCUCGCUCCGGCGUCCUGAGCCCGUCGGAGCGGUACGACCUCGGCCACGGUUGCUCCUCCAGCUCCGAGAAAGUGGAUCUUCUGCUGAAGAUGCUGAUGAGAAAGGACAGAGACCAUUUCCAGGAGUUUCGCACGGCUCUGGAAAAGACGCACCCUCACCUGAGCUCCAUCCUCUCCAACAACACCGGACCGGUAGAUCGCACAACUGGGUCCACGUACAGCGUCUUGUCCGCAAUGCCGUCGGACUCAGAAAGCAGCAGCUCUCUCAGCAGCUUAGGUACAUCUGGUCAAGCCUCAUCCCCUCCACCUGCCCACAUGGAGACCCGCCAGACAAGUGAAAAGAUGGAGACGGUUCUGUUUCAGCUCAGGCAGGUGACCCGCGAGAGGGACGAAUUGCGUAAACGGCUGGCUCUGUCCUCGCCUGGAACCACUUUCGAUGACUGCAGACCCAACUCCAAAGCAGGUCAUGACUACGAGCGUCUGAAGAUGCAGUGCAUGAAGGCAAUGGCUGACCUGCAGUCCCUGCAGAACCAGCACAGUACCACAUUGAAGAGGUGUGAGGAGGCUGUGAAGAAAGCAGACUUUUACCAUACACUCCACAGUCGUCUGGCGAGUGAACAGGCACAGCUGAAAGAGGAGCUGGAGUCGGUGAGGCAGGACAACAUCCAGCUGAUAAGGGAGCACAAUCACGUCAAGCAGGUCUGUGAGGAGCUGAGGAGGCUGCAUGAUGAAGACCAACGAGAAGUGGCUGACAUGAGGAUGCUGCACCAGCAGUUGAUGAGAGAGGGGUCCUCAGAUGUGCUUAACAAGCUGUACGACACGGCCAUGGACAAGCUGGAGGCUAUGAGGAGGGACUACGAGGCGAUGAGGAAGCGCUACAAUGAGACAACAGCCAGCCACAACAAGGACCUGGGCCGCCUGGAGCAGGCUGAGGAGGAACAUCGCCGGCUGCAGAACCAACUGGACGUGCUGUUGAAGCAGAGGGACGCGGCCAUCCACUACCAGCAGCAAUGUUCCUCCUCCAUGAGGAAGUUUGACACCACUCAGCAGGAGCUGUCCAAGGCCACCGCCCAGAACAAGGAGCUGCAGCGUGAGAUGGAACGGCUGCAGUCAGAGGCCACGCGGCUCAAGACCCAGCAGCUGAAGGCAGUCAAGGACUGCGAGAAAUACAAGGAGGAGCGGGACUCCGUGUUCAGUGAGUACCGCCUGAUCAUGAGCGAGAGGGACCAGGUGAUCAAGGAAGUGGACAAGCUGCAGACGGGGCUGGAGAUGGCAGAGGCUAAGCUAAAGAACACCUCCUCGGAGAAGCGGGUAGCCAGUGAAGAGCUGGAGGCCCUCCGACAGGAACUGGGCUCGGCACUGGUGGAUCGGGACAGGGCCAUCUGUGAAAAGAAUGAGCUGCUGGAAAAGUACUGCCACGAGGUGAAGGACAAGGCCGAGACCCAGAAAGAGCUGAGCCAGGCUUGCAAGGACAUCGAGACGGUGCGGGAAGAGAGGGACGUGGCCCGCAAGGAGAGGACCGAGGCCAUCAUCCAGAGGGACCAGCUGCUCCGAGAGUAUUACCAGGCCAGACAGAAACAAGACUCUGCCACCCUGGACAUGGAGCGAGCCAACAAGGAGAUCGAGAUGCUGAGGAAACAAUGUGAAGCCAUCUCCCAGGAGCUGAAGGAGGCCUCGCAGGAGGCGGAGGUAGCAAAGUGCCGUCGGGACUGGGCCUUCCAGGAGAGGGACAAGAUUGUGGCGGAGAGAGAGAGCAUACGCACACUGUGUGACAACUUGAGGCGGGAGAGGGACAGAGCCGUGAGUGAUCUGGCAGAUGCCCUGAGGAAUCUGGAUGACAUGAGGAAACGGAGGAAUGACGCUGCUCGUGAGCUCAAAGAGCUGAAAGAAAAGAUGGAAGAUCAGUUGGAGAAGGAAGCUAGGUUUCGUCAGCUAAUGGCCCACAAUUCACACGAUUCGGCCAUCGACACUGACUCAAUGGAAUGGGAGACGGAAGUUGUCGAAUUUGAGAAGGAAAGAGAGGACAUGGACUUGAAAGCACUUGGGUUCGAUAUUGCUGAAGGGGUCAAUGAUCCAUACUUUCCGGGAGACUGUGGCAUAUUUGUCAGCAAGGUGGAUAAAGGAAGUAUUGCAGAUGGAAGAUUAAGGGUGAAUGACUGGUUGUUGAAAAUAAAUGACGUGGACCUGACCAAUAAAGAUAGGAAGCAGGUGAUCAAGGUAGUGCUCAGUGGGGAGGGAGUCAUCAAUAUGGUGGUACGCAGAAGGAAGUCACUGGGAGGACGGGUCAUUACUCCCAUCCAGUUAAACCUAGCUGGACAUAAAGACAGUGGUAUAGGUUUGGAGAGUGGUGUGUUUGUUGCUGCUUUAGCUCCAGGUAGUCCAGCUACCAAGGAUGGCUCUCUUACUGUCGGUGAUAGACUAUUUGCUAUAAACGGGAUUGCACUUGACAACAAGACCCUUUCCGAAUGUGAAACUCUCCUGAGGAACUGCCGUGAUUCUCUCAGCGUUUCCCUCAUGAAGUUCUUCCCACAGAGCUGCUCUGGGCAAAGUUUGUUUGAAAGCUUGAGAGACUCGGAAAAGAGCUCAAACUACCGACUUCACUUGUGUGAGCUCCAUGCCAGAGGCGGCAGGAACUCCAAGCACAACAGCUCCACCCAAACAGAUAUCUAUAGCCUGGACUUGCUCAGCAGAGGAGACGGAGGGCAUCAGGACGCGGAUGACACUUUAGACAGCAGCAGCAGCUCCCAAUGCCACCGCAAGCCCUUCUCCAGCAGUUCUCUGCACUCCCGAUCUCUUUCCCACCGAGCGGGCUCUGCUGGCCUGCACUGCUUAUCAGACCCUCACCAGGAGUUCUGCUACAGGAGACAGGAGCAUCACCACCGGCCCCUCGCCUUCAUCCCCAUGGUCUCUGACUGCAGCCCCCAGCAGGUCCCCGUGGACAGAGGCUACGGCCCGGUGGAGAAGCCCAGUGGAGGCACGUGGCCCAAAGUCAUGGUGGGCUCCCCCGUUUCCGAGUGCACCCAGCUCUCCAUUUACAAAAAGCCCAAACAAAGGAAGUCCAUUUUUGAUGUGGAUGCUUUCAAAAGACCAGAGGCGACCCCUAAACUGGACUAUCUAUCUCUGUCUCAGAUGCCCAGGCACUCCCCACAGAGCUCCAAAUCUGAGGCGGGGCAGACUCCGCCGACCCCUCCAGCCAGGAGUGACUCGUUCAAGUUCAAGCAUCGUCAGCAGAAUAGUUCAGCAUCUGAUUCCACUGUUACAACUGGCACUCCACCAUCCUCCCCAGCCCAAGCUCCGUCACUGAAGGAAGAAGAGGAGCAAGGGAGGCAGCAGUACUAUAUGAAUGUCUCCCCAGGGGAUUCCAAAGCCAGCUCCAGGAAGCCUGGCGUGGAGGAGGGGAGUCGAAAGAGGCCAGAGGAGCAGGACAGGAAAAGGUAUCGGCCCAAGUCUGCACCGGCCCUCCGGCGAAAUGUGACCCCCUUACAUAUACAAGUUCCCAUACAGGUACAGAGUUUCUCUAAUGACGAACAUUCUCCAGAGCCAGUAGACUUGGUGCGCUUCUCUCCCAUGCGUUCCCAUCGUUACAGUAUGCCUUUUGUACCUAUAGGCUACAGCAACACCAUUGCUGGACACCCCACACACCGAGGCCUGGCUCCAUGUCCUGCAGUCACUGCCGUGAUGAGGAAUCCAGUUUAUACUGCCUGGAGCCACGAGAUCCAAACCAACAAUGGUUCACCAGCAUCCAGCUCAGGCAUCCACCUGCACAACCACACCAGCCCCCAGCAUCAAGGUCAUCUCAGUCUGGACCUUAGCCACAAGCGCACUGGAGACUUUGCUGACACGAACCAUAGCCAGCCACCACACAGUACCAACUCGCUGCCAUCCAGUGCCAGACUGGGUUCCUCAAGUACUUUACAGUUUAGGACAGAACGCAUAAAAAUCCCCCCGACUCGAUAUCCACGUUGUACUGGAUCUGACAGAGGUUCGCUCUCUCAUUCAGAGUGCAGCAGCCCGACACCUCCAUUGUCCCCUGUCAACCUGGACACAUCGUCCUUCACCAGCAGCCAAUCACAGAGCUCCAUUUCCACCCAGCCAAGGAUAUCAGUCAGCCCCGCUCCAAUUGGUGACAGACGGAAGGAUAGACCGUACUUGGAGGAGCCACGCAACGUGACGGUACAGAAAGGGGCAGAGCCACUGGGCAUCUCCAUUGUGAGUGGGGAGAAUGGCGGGGUGUUUGUGUCCAAAGUGACGGCAGGCAGCAUCGCCCACCAAGCCCGGCUGGAAUAUGGCGACCAACUCCUGGAGUUCAAUGGAAUCAACCUGCGAAAUGCCAAUGAGCAGCAGGCGCGGCUGGUCAUCGGGCAGCAGUGUGACAUGGUCACCAUUCUGGCACAGUACAAUCCUCACAUGUUUCAGCUUGGCAACCACUCCCGUUCAGGUUCUCGAAUGGAGUCCAUCAGCAACCAGCCCACCCCUCAGGACAGCGGCACCACCACCCCAGACAAUCGCUCCACUAUCGAUACACUGAGUGAGCAAGAUGAGGGCACCAUGACUCCGCAGUCCAAACAAACCACUCCUGCCACCAGCCCCCACAACUCCUUCAGGUUGCCAGGUACGGGCUCAUGCAAGGCAGCAGAACCUCGGUUGGUGAGGUUGAAGAAAACCCAGGUGGAUCUGGGGGUUCAGAUCUGCGGAGGCAACCUUUAUGGAAUCUAUGUGGAGUCUCUGGAUGACGACAGCCCUGCUAAGUGUCCUGAUGGUCUACUACCUGGAGACUUGAUUCUGGAGUACAAUGGCAUCGGCAUGAAAAAAAAAACUGCAGAAGAGGCUUACCUGGAAUUAUUGAAACCAGUUGAAACGGUCACGUUCAAAGUCCAGCAUAGUUUGAAGGAUCUUGCUGUGAUCAGAGAUUCCCCAGGAGAUGGAUUCUUCAUAAGAGCACUUUAUGAUCGGGUGGCGGAGGUCGAACAGGAGCUGAGCUUUAAGAAAGAUGACAUCCUGUAUGUCGAAGAUUCACUGCCAAAUGGCAACUUUGGCUACUGGGUGGCUUGGCAGCUAGAUGAGAGUGCGCGGAAACUGGAGAAAGGGCAGAUUCCUAGUAAAUACAUGAUGGACCAGGACUUUUACAGGAGGCAUAGCAUGUCCGAUAUGAAGGAUGAUAACGGUGGCGGCAAAAGUCUCUCUGCCGCUGCACGUAGGUCCUUCUUCCGCAGGAGGCUGAAGCACAAACGCAGUGGAUCCAGAGACGGGAAGGACCCGACGGCCCUAGAUGCCAUCAGCACAGACUCCUUACCCAUCACAGAGGAAGGCGUUAGUCUGGCAUAUCAACGGGUCCAGAAGGUAGAAUGCUCCUCUCCCAGACCAGUGCUUCUCCUGGGACCAUUAGUGGAGACCAGCAAGGACAUGCUGGUGAAGGAGGCUCCUGCAAAGUUCUGCCGUUGCCUGCCUGAGGUAAUGAAGGCAUCUCAGCAGGCCAUUGAGCGGGGGGUGAAGGACUGUGUGUUCAUUGACUACAAACGAAGAAGUGGUCAUUUUGAUGUGACAACUGUUGCUUCAAUUAAGGAAAUCACAGAGAGGGACUGUCACUGCUUACUUGACAUUGCCCCUCACGCCAUUGAACGACUUCACAGCGUUCACAUCUAUCCAAUCGUCAUAUUCAUUCGCUACAAAAAUGCCAAGCAGAUAAAAGAGCAGAAAGAUCCUCUGUUCCUGCGGGAUAAAGUUUCACAGAAACACUCCAAGGAACAGUUUGAGACGGCACAGAAAAUAGAGCAAGAAUACAGCAAGUUUUUCACAGGUGUUGUACAAGGAGGAAACCUGUCCUACAUUUGCAGUCAGAUCAUGGCCAUAGUGGAAGAGGAGCAGAGUAAAGUUUUAUGGAUUCCAGACGGAGCGCCAUAGAAGUGUCUCUUCUUUCGUCUCGCUGCAUGUAACACCACAAAUGUAGAACGGUUUUCUAUGUGGUACGUGUGCAAUGUAUUAGGGUGUCUUGCAGCCAUUGGGACAGACUAUGUAUAUCUUUCCCAAACAAUGACAUUUUGCGUUAUGAUUUAUGAAUAAGCAUGGAUUUUAUUCACGUAGUAAUCUCACUACACUAGUGAUGUACUGAUGUACCACAGAUUUGUUUACACUAUUUUUUAACAUAUUGCUUACUUGAAGGUUUUAUUUCACCUUGACUCUCAGCAUACCUCUAUGCUAUUAUGUUCCAAGAAUUUUUAGGACCACAGGCAGAGCUCAUUGAAAUGUACACACAUCAGUUAAGAUUCAUUCAUAAUGGCAACCGUAACACUAGUUUUUGCCAAACUAUUUUGUUUUUGUUACUCAAUGCCCAUCCUGUCAUGAAUUAACACAAAUACUUCCAUUGUUAAUCAUGUAAAAGGUACGUUUUCUCCGUAGAGUAUCAAAUUCUGUUGUACUGAUAAUGCCACUAUUGAUUUAAAUAUUGCCUGAUGUUCCUCCUGCUGAGGCGAACUAUUUAAAAGGGACAUUUGAUUUCUGACCCAUAACUGUUAACUAAACAUAUUUAAAAGCGCCUCUUUGUCUCGCAGUAAAGUUGUCAACGUUUCCGUUUUUCAGGUUGGAUGAAACAAUCCAGUUCAACUGUUACUUCCUAAUGAAGUUUAAUAUUUGUAUCAAAUAUUUAAAAAAAAAAAAGAAUUAAAACAGUUAAU